CUGCCAAAAGUCGACAUUGCUUCAACUUAACUCAUUUUUCCAUGGGCUACUACCACUCAAUACACUAGCAUUACCCAUAAAUAUAAACGGCAUUUGAGAGAGCUUCAUUGGCAUGUGCUCAAUGUUCUGUGUAUCAUCGCAGAACGUACGUGAUUAAUGGUGUCAUCACUCAAGCUAUUCAAUUUAUACCGCUCCCGCAUAUCACUCGUUACUAAGAAAGCUUUAAGUGCAUGCUUUUCGCGGUCUGUGGUGUAUUCUAACUAAAUUAAUAAAGACAUAGGGUUGCCAUGACAUUAAUAAGAGUAUAAGACGCAGGUACAGGUAGCGGCUGGAGGGAGGCUGCGGCUGGCGCGUCUGGGCAUGAGCAGAACACCUCCUCAUCUCUCCUUCCUCUCCAGGAUGAGGAACAGUGGUAGAAGAGGGAUUGCAGAGGCAAUGUGACACCAGCAGGCUUUCACUAAGGUCCUCAUCUACACCUCCACCACCGCCAUGGGAACCCGUGCAGCAGCUUUCACAGCCAAGAUCCGUAACUUGACGGAUUAUCACUUACGGCUUCUGCAUGGGGUGGUGCCACCUCCCUCUGGCACUGACAUUGCCAACACCCUCAAGUACUUCUCCCAGACACUUCUUGGAUUGCUGCGGGACAUUCAGGCACGACCGCUGGACUUGCUCCACCACCGGACACAAGACAAUGAGAGGCUGGCACUCUUUCCAAACCUGGACUACUUGGGUCUCCACCAGGCACUUGUGGCUCUUGUUGAUGUGAUGCCACUCAUACAGUCUGGCACUCAAGGCUUUGGACAGGCCUUACUCAACACUCUCGCCUGCCUGGUCGUGUUCCUGGAGCGGCGGGUCAUUGACACACUGCCAUACCUCAUUGCGUCCAUGAUGACUGCCGUGCCUGAGCCUCUCCACCAACAGCUGAUCACUACACUGUGCUACUACAUACUGCCCGUCACUGUGGGCGCAGCCGUGGAGGAAGGGGAGGAGGAAAACUAUGCUACUGGCUCUGUUCCAGCAGUUCUCAUGAUGGUUUUCCAGUACACUGAUAACUCAGCCUACCACUGUGAGCUCCUGGAGACCCUCAUGGCCCUCAAGCCUGACAUUGUUAAGGACCUGCUGUGUGUGGUUGCAUUUGGUACCCCAUCCUCUCGCCCUCCAGCCGCUAACCUCCUCUUUUACUACUGGCCAAGCCUCAACCCCACUCUGUAUGAUCGCCGCGGAAUCCAUAUUAAGUUCAGUGACAUAUCAAGUGUGUUGAGGGCAAUGUUCAAUAAAUCGGCACAGGCCGCGAAAAGUGAUUCGAUAUCCCAGACUGCAAAUUCUGACAGUGGGGAAUCGAAGAGUCCAAAAGUGGAAGGCUCAACACCGCAGGGUUGGAAGCCAUUGCUGUGCCAGAUUGAGGAGUGUGAUGGUGAUGGCACAAGUGAAGCUGUGAAGGUCUGUCUGGAUCAUGCUGUGUGUCUCAGUACCUGCCCAGACAACCCACCACCCCUCUACCUCUGUAUAGAUUGUGCUGAGGACAUUAAGCGGGAACACUCCACUGUAGAGUUUUUUGAUAUCCUAAUGCCGAUGCCUCAGGUUUCUGCCACUUGCGAGAACAAAAAUUGUCGUUCUACUGAAAAGAAUGCAGUUGCCACCUGCUUUAGCAUGGAGUGUGCUAGCUACAACACUAAUCGACCCAUCCGCUAUUGCUCUCAGUGCAACAACAUCCGCCACAACAACCGCCGUGGCACUGACCACAUUGUGCACACCACUAUUGGCUCUCCCUGGGUCAUGGAGCCACAGAUGCAGAAUUUUACCAUUGAGGCCAUUGUCAGCCUGCUGAAUGAGGCCCAGCCCUAUGGAGACAAGACAAAGAGCAAGGACCAAGAACGUCUCAAUAGGGCAGGACUCCUUGAUGAUCUUGACAAAGGGGAUGGCUUAAAUCCCGAGGAGGCACGACUGCUGAGUCGCUAUGGAGUAUGGUUGAUUGUGAGUCUGUGCGCUCCCACCGCUGACACUCCCCCAGAAGUGUUGGGCCGCCUCCUGGCUGCUCUGUGCCACUGGUUCAAUGCCACUCAGUACCUACCUGAUGACCAGCAGCGCACAUCUAUUGAGCGUCUGAAGACAGAGUACAUCCACAAUUGGUUGCAGGAUGUGUGCAAGACCCAUUUUGAGGUGUUUGUGGGGUGCCUGAUGCCCCAUCCUGUGGAGCAUGCUAGGGUCGGAGGCCACUGGGAUGCACUGGCUACCCGUACUGACCACAUCAAGGAAGGGUUCAAUCGUCUCUUCUGCUUGGUGACCCAUGAGCUGGUGUCACUUCAGGUGUGGGACCGAGUAAUGCCCCACUGGAUGGAGGCAAUUCACAACGAGAUCCCGGAAGAGGAACGGGAUGAAUUAAAAAUUACACUGAACAAACUCCUGGACUCCGAUAUGAGUCCUUUGGGUUUUGAUGCUCCCCAGAUGUACCAGUUUAUCAGCUUCCGCUUCAAAAAGACCUCAGCCAAUGUACAAGAACAGACCCUCUCAUGGCUACAGAUUCUGUCAUCCUUGAACAUUGUGGUUGUAAUGGACCUCCUACUGGGGAUGUUCAGUGAAGGGGUGUCAUCUCUGUGCAACCCAGCCCCACACAGGAAGACCAGCACCUCCACCCGGCCAGACUCAACUGUUUUGGAACCAGUGGUGGAGGAUGACCUUAACACGAGCUCUGGUCUUUCUGAGGAAGAGAAGCCUCCUUCAGAUCACCCUGAGGACAGCUAUUCCAACCCUCAGCUGAUCCUCACCUGCUUUGUUCUCAUGCUGGACGUCCUUUAUAAGCAGAUGGAGGUGCAGGAGCUGGAGCGCCACCAAGGUACAGAGGCAGAGCAAAGCCAGUCCAUCAUGAUCCUUAUUCGAGACAUGUUGGCUGCCCCCUGCUUGGCCCCACACGCCUGUGAUGGACACCUGGAUUGCACCACCUGUGAACUCACCACCACCUUUUUCCAGUUGGCCAUGGAUGUAGUGGCCUUUUUGUGCCCUCGUAUGGCCAUUCAGAACAAUAGGGUUGCAGACAUUAUUCCUCAAGAUGUGGAGUCAUCCCAGACUACCAAGAGCCCAGAACUCUCCACCACACAGGAUCCCCAGAGUGGCAGCUGCACCCAGUCCCCACGGCCCAGUCACCUCCCGACACCCAGGGAGGGAGGCCUCAUCUCUGUCAUGGCCAACAUGCCCCAGAUUGUGACAGCCACUGUGGAGACAGUGGGUGAGCUGGACUUGGCUCCCAACAUUCCUCAGGAACAUGUAGUGAAAGCUGUGGCCCGAGCAGUUACUCUCACUGAGGAGGAUGUAGCUCAUGCCACAGCUAAUGUAGCACGGCCUAGUGUGGUGGGUGAGGAUGAUCAACCCAUUGACCCAACAGCCCAGUCUAACCAGGAUGAAGAGUCAGAUUUCUGGGAGACAUCUCAGGGCCGCUUCAAGUUCAAGCUGCAGGAUCUCCCACCACACCUCCAAGUGAUUCACACACUUCUGAAUAGGUUAGAGGAAUAUGAAGACGGGGAUGUGCUGUACCACAUCUGUGAGUGCCUCAAAUACCUGGUGCUGCAUGGGGAGGCACUGGCUCAUGCUGCAAAUGAUCAUCGGGGCUUUUUAAUAUGGUGUCAGGAGAACAAGUCCAUCAGGAUUAUGUGGUCAUUGCUUGAGGCGGAGUGGUCACAGGUGGCUGAGGUUUGUGUGGCACUGUUGCUGCACUUCAUUACUCUGCCGUGUGGUGCUGACAUAUUCUGGAAGCUGUGUGAGAACCACUUCAGCCACCAGGACUGGAAAAUACGCUUCCAGGCUGUGGAAAAGGUAGUGGUGAUGGGACGGUUCCUGGGGGUGUCAUCAGUGCACCAGUGUCCAGGAUUACAGGCAGCCAUUGCACAUGCCUUUUGUUUCCUCAUCUCCUCCCUGGAUGAUAUUAAUGUGGCUGUGGCUCAGCGUGCCUACCUCUACCUCACCACGCUACCAGAUAGUGGCCUGCGGGCCCUCUGCUGGUGUCUAGAGCAGCAGUUUGACAGUGUGAUUAUGGACCGUCCUAUGAUACUGCAAGCUCUCCAUCAGCUCAGCUCUCGCCUCCCUGAUCGCCGCAUUCUUACCUGGGAGUUCUUCUUCAACCGAUUUGAUGCUCUCUAUCUUGAGGCUCAAAUUGCUCUUGAGAAAUAUGGAGAUAUUGCCUUCCCUCGAGACUUGAGGAACUCAGACAUGACAAGUGAUGUGUUUGAGCGCAAGCUGAGCCGUGCCAAAGAUGCUCUAACGCUAGUGCAGAGUGCCAGUGUUCGUACCCUCUCAGCCUCCCUUGGCACCAAAUGGCCCUACAAGCGUACUAUGUCAGCCCCAGCCAACAUGCUUAACAAAGCCAUAGAAAAGCAAGUCCAGGAUAAAGAGAAGGAAAAAACAUACCUCCGCCAGGCGUCUGCUCCGUUGCUUAAGCGCAAGAGCUCGAAAUUUGGGCUCGGUCAGUGCAUAGGCUCAUACCUGUCUGAUCAUUUAGCCACAGGGGACGGGGGGAUGCGCUGCGGGGGCGAUGAAGGCUCGAUGGUGCACCAGCUGCAGCGCGCUAUGGACCUGGAGGAGACAGAUAAGGAUACACUCCAUCUUCUUGUCUUCCUCUUCAUGCAAUUCCUUUCACAACCACAGCAUGCUGGUGGGAUUGAGGACAAGAGCAGUUUGAAGGUAAUGACUCUCGUCCUCCGUCACCUGAGCGUGUUGAUGGGUUUUAGUCCCCAGGAACGAUGCUUUUCUGUCUCCCCAACGAGGCUAAGGAGUUCUCCAGUUUUCAAUGCUUUCCUAUCCAACCUGCCACAUGUCCUUGACCACAACUUUGGCAUGGGCACAGUGCUGCUGCCCACCUGCCUACCAGUCCUUCAGUUUUGUGCUGCUCCUCAUCGUGUGGUUGACCUUCGCUACCCAACAUACAGUCUUUGGUGCCUUCAGCCACACCCAAGACGAUACUGGCUCAAGUCUGUUCUCACUUUUCUCUACAAGUAUGAGUAUGGGCAGCAUCAGUUGUCCUCACAAGCCCUCUCACUUGUGCGCAUUGUCCUCAACACACUAGACAACCAUUUCCACCGCUGCCGGAAGGUGGACGACCCAACAUUGUGUGGGGCAAGCUCAGCUUAUUCCCGAGAGGUUAGUCAAGGAUCCAUAGGAGGGAAUGAAGUUGACCAUGGAACUGCUGACUCUCCUCCUCCCUCACCAAGCCUUCACCCUGCCUCAACUCGGGGUCACCUAUUUUCUGCUCCACUCCACCAGCUCAUCUCAGAGCACAGAUCUGCCUUUGUGCCUGUGGGUAGCCAGGACUCCAGAGGUGCCCUUGGCCACCUGAAGCUGUCUGCAGAGGAGGCCAGGAAGUUAAGGAAGGCCAACGAGCAAAGCCAAGGCCUUGAUAUGGAGGAGGGAGAAGGGGAGUUAGAGGCCAUCCCAGAGAGUCCUAAGACAGAUACUCCCAGCAUGCAGGAAUCUCUUGGAGAACUAGAGGUAUGUGAGGGUCUGAUUGGUGAGCACCCUCCUUCCCAUGCAGCCACUGCCACUGCCUCUGUAGUAGUGCCGCCAGCUCUUGGUGCUCGAGCUGUCACCUCUGUCAUGGCCUCCCAGAUCCAAGCCUUUGAUGAGUCCUUCACUGUCAAGAUCCACAAUGCCGAGCUUGUUCCGCUGCAGCUUGGGCCUGAAGUAGCAGCAGGGACCAAUCACCACCACUACCAGCAACACCACCAACACCUCGAGUCAGACACUCUUAACCAUGAGAAGAAGUUGAUGCCGGUAUGCAAGCCCAGGGUCCAGCGCAUGGUCACAGUGGAUUUGGGGUACUUGGGCCGAACUAGUUCACCCCAACACACCCAGAGGUCACAACGAGGAGAGUCCAGGAGGUCUCAUCAGGUUACCAGCAGCAGUAGCAGCAGCAGCAGCCACCUCUCCCCCAAAGCCAUACCCUCCCACCUACGUGCUGCCUUAGGUGAGGGUUUCCGUCCCAUCGACCCACAAAGACGCACUAAGUUUGAUCCUGAUGCCACUGCCUCCUCCCAUGAGCGCCUGCUGCCAGUGGGGCCGGCACCAGGAAAGUGCAGUACAGCAGAGUCUGGGUGUGGGCAGCAGGAAGCAGUGAGAAGAGAGGGGGAACUACAAAUAGGUCGUGUGGUGGUACAAGAGGCCCCAGUGCUGGAGGAGGCAGUGGUGUCCAAGGUAACAGUGGAGGAAGCAGUCAGUGUUCGACAAGCAAGGGUGGAAGCAAAACAUGUACGCAGUGGAGGGCCUCACCAAACCUCUGGAGCCUCUAAAGAAGAAGCAGCCACUUUCCUUCACCAUCGCUCCCCCCAGUCCCCACUUUCUCUCAUGGACCUGAUGACACUGGGAUCACCAGUGGAGGUGGAUGAACAUGGUGGGGCACCUACAGACUCACCUGGGACCAAGGCAGUUUCUCCUCCUGAUGUAUUGGAGCUCCCAACUCCUGAGAGGCUCUUACCAGUUGGAGGGGAAAAGGCAACACCCAGCAAGAAGUUGGAAGAUGGGCAGCCAGGGUCUAUUCUGGAGAGAGUCUGGCAGGCCUUUGGUGACUGGGCCAAUGGCAGCAACAAAACACAAAGCCAAAGCAGUGACUGUGAGCUUCAGGAGGUGGUGGCUCACCGGGAGGCUCAGAAGGAGACUCACAAAACUCUCAAGCAUAAGAUUGCUGGAGGUAAAGGGACAAGUGGUGACACCAACACCUCCACUGAAGAUGCCACUGACACUUCCAAUUCCUGCACCACAGCAACCAAUUCUGGGCCAGGUGACGUGGCUCUGGGGAAGGGGCUGAGUGGGCAGACACAGCUGAUGAAUGAAGAGAGUGAAGAUGAUGCCAAGAAGGAGAACUUUUGCUGGAGUGAAGGGAAUGACAUCUCCUCCAUACAUGGGGGCAGGCUGUCCAGUGAAACAACCCAGGGCCCUCCCCCACCUCCCUCCAUCAAGCAGUCUGCUCUCAGGCUGGGUGAGGACUGCAUGGUGUACAGAUGUAUGGAAUGUGGAGAGAUGCUCGAGGAGUUCUCAAAUGAUGAUCUUGGUCUCUGCAUCAUUAUCCUCUCUACCUUUGUCUAUCGCCAGCCAGGUCUUGCUGCUCCUCUUCUCCCAAGGAUGCUCAAAACUGUGGCCAGAGUGGCAGGAAGUGAGAUGUUCUCCUGGCAGUUUGAAAGCUCAGUGCACCUGCCAGGCUCAGCCACCAGCAUUGGCAGACAGUUCCUGCGCUGUGUUCUGCACCAGCUGGCACCCAACCAAAUCUUUAAUCAGAUUUUCAACACCAGCAUUGAUGAGUUCCAACGUGUCCGUCUGUUCAGGACCUUGGCACAGGCCCUCACAGAUUUCAAUGAACUCAAUCCAUCUGCUCCUAUUCAACUCCUUCUUGAGAACCUGAACAGCAAAAAGGUGCUGCCAACAGACAACCUGACGCACCUGCUCUCCAAUGUUGCCACCUACAUGGAGUGUGUGGGCCAGGAUGGUGGCAGUGGCAUCGGGAGUGGUCUGUCUCCGAGCUUAGUGCCUCUGUUUGACACAUUCCUACGCAAGGUGGUUCUCUGUGUGACAACACUAGGGGACCUAAACCCCGUGCUGAGGGUGCUGGUGGCUGUGCUGCGUGUUCCUGGGGUGGUGGCACACAAGAGUAUCCUUGACCCUGUUUCAAAGCUUCUGAGCCAUGCCAUCCAGAACUCAGCUAUCAAGUAUGAACUCCUCAGCAAUUUGUGUCACCUGUGCAAUCGCAUCUUCUCUCGGGAGCGAGAUAAGCUGUUGCUGCCUCGUCUUGUGGUGUAUGAACUGGUUCAGGCACUCAAGUUCAAGACAUCCAUCCCAGAUACCAACUUGAUUCUUCUGGUGCAGCUGGUGCUUCAGGACAGCGGAGGUACCUUGGGGAGCAACACAGUAGUGGGGGACCUUCCAAGAGACCUGCAGGACCUUCACCACCUCCCCAACACUUGUGCUGCUGAGUGCAUGCUGUCCCACCUCCAUGAUGCUCUUGAAUUUAUUGCAGAUGUACACACCCUUACCAAAGUCAAGUCUAAUUGCCACAGUAGCAGUGUUGGGCUGAAUGAGGACACAAUGGGAGGCCUGGUGAAAGCUGGCAUAUCUCAGUAUCUGGCACUGGAGAUCACCCGAGGCAACAGCAGAGACAACCGUGCAAUUUCCAAGUAUUUGCCGUGGCUCAACAAUCCACCCACUACUGUCCAGCAAGGGCCACGGGAGUUCAUAGACUGUGUGGCUCAUAUUCGCCUGCUCUCGUGGCUCCUGUUGGGUUCAUUGACACAUACUUGUCUGGCCGGCAUCUCCUCCCCCAUGAUGUGUCAGCCCAUCCCACCUGAAGCCUCCUGCCACAUAGCAGACCACAUCCAGGUCAUCUUGGCAGGGUUUGCUGAGCAGUCCAAGGCUUCAGUGCUCCACAUGUCCUCCCUGUUCCAUGCCUUCAUUCUCUGCCAGCUGUGGACAGUUUACCUGGAGCAGGGUGCUGGCAGUCCCAGCUCAGAUACCUACAACAGCUCUUCUGCCAUCCUCACUGACUUUUGGGCCAAAGUGACUCCCGGAAUCCUGCAGCUGGUGUCUCACUCCAAAGUGGAAACUGAAACAGCUCAGCUUGGAGAAAUGGUGAACCUUCAUUUCCUGAGUCUAAUGGAGGCCCUUCAUGAGUGUCACUCCACCGUGCUCACUAAACUGCUGCCUAUCUGGGCCCCCGUCCUCUACACGCACCACACCAAGCUCCCGGGCCAACUAGCGGUGCGGCUGCAGGCUUGUCAGGACGCUGCUCCGCCAGACGGCUUCGAAGCUCCGAGCGCCGCCUCAACCCCCGCGCCAGGCCUUCUGCGUUGGCUUCAUCGGCUUCAGUUCAAGAUGGGUCAGAUAGAACUACAGUCCUCAGCCGCCACUCAAUUCUAUUCUGUCUAGAGAGAGAGAGAGAGAGAGAGAGAGAGAGAGAGAGAGAGAGAGAGAGAUUUAAGAACGCAAGUGAAAUGGAAAUGUGGGUUAUUUAUCUUACCAAUUUAUGUGUGUAAUAAACGAGAUUAUAUAUUUAUUGUCAGAGAGAGAGAGAGAGAGAGAGAGAGAGAGAGAGAGAGAGAGAUUUACAUAGAAAA